AACCAGGCUCAUGUCCCUGCUUGAGAUUUGGUCUGCAGUAUCCUGGCUUUGUUCGAUCUAUAAAUCAUCCCUAUUCCCCAGAUCUGAUAUCCCAGCCUCGCCUUUGAAGCAAAGAAAGCAACAACUUUGAUGGUCUAAUCUUACCGCACACACCUCAGCUUCCUUACUUUUCUUCAUACAUAACCUGCGGCGGAUCUUUGUUUCUCACAUUCCUCUUCUUCUUUCUUCUCACCAAAGUACUCAUCACUUCUGUCCUCGAUCAUCGAAACACAAACCUGACCCAUCUCAUACUACACCGAGAGAUUCAUCACAAUGAGCACUAUGCAACCUCCUCCGAAUCACAGGAGCACAUGGUCGCACCAUGUCAACCCUCACCACCAUGUCAACACGGAUACAGACUACAACAUGCAGAUGCACAUGCAAUCCCACUCAUACGCAGCCCAUGUACCUCUGCAGAGACCUGGACUCUCUCAACAGAUGACCUACCAUGCCUCGGCUGGUCCCAGCUUCCCUUCUGGUCCUUCUUUCGGUCAUGAUAUCAAACUAGCUCCUUUGGCCUUGCCUUCAACCCCGAGCCGUGGUCAAUCGCCCGCCAGCAUACACUCUCAAUCACUACGUGGGCCCAUGGCAGUUGGCGGCUCGCGUACAGCACCUCGUCGGGAGAGCCCUGAGCUCAAGGCCACUCCGAUAUCUCCAGCUGGAUCGGGCCGGGAUAUGAUUGCCUCUGGAUCUCCUGACAAUGCAGCGGGUGGUAGGUUAAUGAACGUGCUCAUGAAAAAGAUGGAAGAAAAGGGCCAAGACAGCAAACCAACGGAAACCGAAAACCGUGAGGCACAGUACACAGCGAAGGGGAAGAAGAAGACCAUUGUAUGCCCGUUUGAGGGCUGUGGCCACAGAUGUGCCCAGCAGGGCCAGCUCGAAACUCACAUGAGGAAGCACACUGGAUCAAAGCCAUUUAAAUGUCGGUUCUGUUCUUUCAGAGCAUCGCAGCGUGGAAACCUGAAUGGCCAUGAAAACACCCACACUGGUGCCAGGCCUUAUGCUUGUGACAAGUGCGACAAGAAAUUCCCCACGAAAGGCAACCUGCACAACCAUUCAAAGACGCACGACGCAACAAGAUAUUCGUGCCCCCUGGACACCUGCAAGCGAUCGUACUCCAACACAAACAACUUGAAGACACAUCUUGAGAAGAACCACGCAGAUGCCAUUGCUGAUCUCAUCGCCAAAGUCAACUCUCCAAACUCGCUUAGCGAGGCCGAGAAGAAGCUUUGCGCCUCAUUUUUCAAGAACCACCGAGCUUUGAACCGUGGCAUCAAGGGCCGAGGCCAGGGUGUCAGGGUUGAGAGGGUGCACCACGAUCCCAGAGAGGCUGCCGCCAAGGUCUCAAGGUCCCCGAACAUGUCGCAACCGAACUCGAGCUCGAACAGCUCAUACAGCGUCAACCCCGCCCCCGACAUGCAGUUCUACCAUGGUCACAUGCAGCAGCAGCUUCCCAGCGUGUCAAUGUUCCACUCCCAUGGAUUCCCAGCCUCGUACCUUGAGACCCCUCAGCCCACAUACAACUACCAGCCCGCCCGAAGUUACGGUCACGUUGGCACCGAGAUGCCGGGCCCCUCGAACAUGUGCUUCGAUGGUAUGCCUCAAGUUGGCAUGCAGUUCCACGGUAUGCCCGGAACAAACGGCACAACAUCGCCAUCAUCAUCGUCGUCGGAUUCAGUAUCGAGCGAAGGCUACAGUGAUGUCGGGAGCCCCGGGUCGGAAUUUGUCUUUGCUGGUCAACGUCACUAAAAGACAACUCAAAUCAUCUCACUGGAAGCAUGCAUUACGAAUCUAAUUGGUUCUAUCAUGGACAGACCAUGACAGAUACUUUUUUUCUCAGUACAAUUCAGCAUAGACGGCAAUUUGGCUUGGUUUUUCUUUUCACUUUUUGGCCCUAGCGGCCCCGUUACAAUUCCUCACUAUACGCACCUUCGUCAGGGCGUCCGAUCUCCUUGAACAGGAUCCGCGACCAUGAUUUUUGGGGAUGGUCGGCAGCAUCGGACCUGUUUUGGUGUGGUUAUCUGCUUUUCUCUACAAUUUUUGCUCACAUUUGCAGCUACUUCUUUUUAUUCCUUGGGAGGGUUUAUGGGAAUGCAUUUCUGUGUGCGUGUGGUCUACACGUGGACGGACUGCUUACGCGCAAUACUGCUACCAUUCCCCCUACUCGCUGUAUUUUUCUUCUCUUCACCUUUCAUGGGAACUUAGACUUAUGGUGGCGGGAAACUUGGGUUGAGGGCUUUUUCUCCUCCCUUCAUUGGUGUCUUGAUUUCUAGACUCAACGGAGGUUCAAGGCGGUGGGCAAACGAUUUGAACGAAGUUGAGGAUGGGAUGAGCGGACAGGGAUUCAAAACGAUGGGACGUUGGGUACGGCAGCAUCAGGACGGGCGCAAUACAGCUUCAUCGGGCAGCGCUAUCUCCUACUAUUGGAAAUCUUAUUGGGCUUUUUUCGUCAUUUUUAUUAUCUCGGGCCUUUUUCUUUUUUUUAUCAAACGAUGAAAGGUCGAGAACCUUCGCACACCACAAAGGCGGUCAAAAAAGAAUCAAAACAGCUACAAAAUCCUUAGACACGACAAAAUAAAACUCUUGUAUAUGUGGUCGUC